GCGAAACUCUAUUCUGUAGUUCAAAGCUCUAGAAACUGCUGUUACGCAUGCGCCUUAAGGUUAGCGUAACCUAGCGACAAGCAGAGCGUUCUCAAGAGCACGAGAUCACUAUUGGGAAGUCUUGGGAACGUGUGUAUCGUCCUAGACGCUCAGAUACAGAUCUUCCUGUGUGACUGACUGAAACUUUCUGAGGACGGUCUGAGUUGAAAAGUCAUCUGAAGGAAGGAAAGCCUUUCGGUCCUCAGAAAUCUCCUUUGUACAAGCCAUGAUACAUUUCCACAUUCCUGUGUUGUGAAGAUUGGAGUUUGAGAGUAGAUAUCUACAAUUCUGUUCUUUAAAGAAGAAUGGGUAAAAAGGUAAAAAAGGAAGUUGAGCCUCCUCCAAAGGAUGUGUUUGAUCCUUUGUCAGUUGAAAGCAAAAAAGCUGCAACAGUGGUACUGAUGCUCAGUUCCCCUGAAGAGGAAGUGCUAUAUAAAGGAUGCGAAGCUCUGUAUAAAUUUGCAUUAAAAGGUGAAGAAAACAAACUGACACUUCUUGAACUUGGAGCAUUAGAACCUUUAUUUAAAUUAGUUACACAUGAAGAUCCCACUGUUCGCAGAAAUGCUACCAUGGUAGUCGGAAUCAUGGCAUCUCAUAAUGAUGUGAAGAAAUCACUACGGCAGCUUGAUGUCACAAGUGCAUUCAUAGCUCGUCUGGCACCAGAAGGUAACUUGCAGCAUCUCUUUGAAGAUGUUGUCAUCCAUGAGUUUGCUAGCCUUUGUCUCGUACAUAUGUCAGUUGAUUAUAACAGUAAAGUACAAAUAUUUGAGCAAGGUGGACUAGAGCCUCUUAUCCGACUGCUAGGAAGUCCUGAUCCUGAUGUUAAGAAGAAUUGUGUGGAAUGCAUCUAUAAUCUAGUGCAGGAUUUUCAAAGUCGUGCUGCAGUACGCGAAUUAAAUGUAAUUCCUCCUUUGUUGGAACUUCUGAAGUCUGACUACCCAGUUAUUCAGUUGUUAGCACUCAAAACUUUAGGUGCCAUUACCAUUGAUAGAGAAACAAGAGUGAUGCUAAGAGAAAAUCAAGGAUUAGAUCAUCUUUUCAAGAUACUGGAAACUAAGGAAUUUAAUGAUCUACAUGUAGAAGCUCUUGGAGUUGUGGCAAAUUGUCUUGAGGAUGUGGAUACUAUGCAACUAAUCCAGGAGACGGGGGGUCUCAGAAAGUUACUGGCCUUUACUGAAGUUUCCACUCUAACUGAGUUUCAGAAGAAUGCCGCAAAAGCUAUUGCUAAAGCAGCCGCUGAUCCCGAAAACAGAAAAAUCCUGAAUGAACAAGAAGUUGAAAAAUGUCUUAUCACUCUUUUGGGAACGGAUAACGAAGGAACCAAAAUAGCUGCUUCUCAAGCCAUCUCUGCUAUGUGUGAGAAUUUAGCUAGUAAACAAACCACUGGAGCUCUAGGAAUUCCCCAGCUCGUUCAGUUGCUAAGCAGCGAAAAUGAAGAGGUAAAGGAAGCUGCUGCUACAGCUCUGGUUAAUCUAACAACCGCCCAUCCUGCCAAUGUAAGUGCUGUUGCUGAAGCUGAAGCCAUCGAACCGCUAAUUAGUGUUCUGAGCUGUAAAAGAGAUGGUGCCGUGGCUAGUGCUGCCUCUGUUCUCACAAACUUAGCCAUGCAGGAGCCAUUACGUCUCACCAUCCAAAGCCAUGGUUUUAUGACUGCCAUUGUAGAACCACUGAAUUCCACUAACAGUAUUGUGCAGAGCAGAGCAGCUCUUGCUGUGGCUGCUAUGGGCUGUGAUACUGAGGCCAGAACUGAGUUACGAAAUUCUGGUGGACUUGAACCUCUUGUUAAGCUUCUGCAUUCUAAGAAUGAUGAAGUCCGAAGAAAUGCAUGUUGGGCUGUUAUGGUUUGUGCAAGUGAUGAAUUAACAGCAGCUGAAAUGACCAGGCUGGGUGCUUUAGAUAUUCUUGAUGAAAUUAACCUCUCUAUUGGUCGCAAAAAUAACUUCAGUGAAGCAGCAUUGGAAAAGAUACUUGAUCACAAUCUUCCACAAAAAUAUAGUCAAAUGGGUUUUUUAGCAUCAACUAACAUAAUUUUGGAUGGAUUCUAUGACUAUGGACAGGUGAAACCUGGUGAAAAACUAUUGUCACUGGAGGAACUCUGUGCUCAGGAGCUUAAUGAUCAUCGUGCUAUAAUUUUAAUAAAUGCUAAACUAUCAGAACUUGAACACCCAGCAAUUUCCAUAACAAUCGAAGAAAAGCCACAAGAGAUCAUAGCGUCUCGAAUUGGGGUGUCUGCCAGCAGUGUCAGGAAAUCUAGCAGAAAUAAUUCAUUGGAUGAAAAACCAGACUCUCCAGGACGGUCUUCUUCAAUCAGUAAAGGAAGCUCUAGAGAGAAAGGAUCAAGGAAGGGGAAGGGGAAAAAAGAAGAAGAAAAACCAAAAGAUGAAGAGUUGGAAGCAGUCAUACCUAAAGUAGUUGAAACCCCAGGAAAAGCUUUAUGGAUUCCCCCUUUUGACCCCAUCUUGUAUGAUUAUAUUACUGAGAUUUCCAGAACAAUUCUGCCACUACCAACCAGCAAAGAGCAAGUGGUAGCUCUUGCACAGUUUGUUGCAGAAAGGUUGGGUGGUCCCAUUGAAAGAGAUAAUCUACAUGAAUUCAGCUGGGAGCUUCAUAUAAGUGAAAUUGAAUAUGAGCUUAAAUGCAAUGUGGUACCUAUUGGGAAGAUUGAGAAAGGGACCUUCUAUCACAGAGCUUUGCUUUUCAAGGUUCUGGCAGACAGAAUUGCUAUUAAUUGCAGCUUAUAUCGUGGUGAAUAUAAUAGAGGGUGGAAUGAGGUGAAAUUGGUUGAUGAUUCUCCUUUGGGAAUACCUGGACUUCUGCUUCCCCCUCAAGUAUUUAUUGUGGAUCUCAUGUAUCAGCCAGGCUGUCUCAUGAAAGAAGAAAGUCCAGAGGCAGAUCGUUAUCGACGGAUUUGAUUAUUUUUUUCUCAACUUUCUCUAUAUAUGUAUGUAUUUGCUUAUUAGCAUUUCAGUUUGCUUUAUUACAAUCCUACAUAUAGGGCUUAUUUUCCAAGAUGGGACUCUAUUCCCGGGAGUUGGAGAGAGGUUCUGAGAGAGACAAAGUUGAUUAUAUUUAUAUUUUACAUUUUUAAAAAGACGUUGAAUAAAUAAAAAAGAAUUUUAUAUCUGCAAAGUUAAAACUGUGGAGAAGCAAAUGAUUGUUCAAAUUUACAGAGCAAAAUGAGUGAUGAGAGUUACUGCAAAAUGCUGCAGUGGUUCUCCAUUUUCUAAAAAAAUAAAAAAAACCUGUUAACAUUUG